AUUACAGGCUGAGGCGAUAGUUUCGCAGCCACGAGUCUCGCAGCCGGUUCAGCUCUCUCGCUAAUACUCGCGUGCAUUAUCGCCAGUGCUGUCGUGGUACAAAGUGCGCGUGUUGACCCUGACUUUGGCCGUUCGCAUAUCGAUCGCACAGAACUGAGCGUGCGCCUGCCACCCUGUCACUUCUACACGCGCAGCUGCAACCCGAUAGUGAAACAUGUCUUCCAGUGUGCCUUCCAAAUUCAAAAAGAUGGUGCAAGGAAAAUCAUCUGUCAAGGAUUUAAUGGUAUCAUCUCUAGCUGAAGUACUAGGAACGGCUAUUCUAGUGUUCUUAGGAUGCUUGGGAUGUAUGGGAGGCUUUACAGGUACACCAGUGGUUAUUCAAACAACAUUGAAUUUUGGUAUUGCAGUUUUAAUAGUUAUUCAGUGCUUUGGACACAUAAGUCACGCACACGUUAAUCCGUCGAUGACAGUUGGGUCAAUGAUACUUGGUUUGAAAUCUAUUCAGGAAGGGGCUUGCUAUAUUAUAGCACAAUGUAUUGGCGCUGUGCUUGGAUAUGGAUUACUAAAGGCAAUCACACCCGCUGGCUACCUAUCAGCCUUCAAAUUCCCAUCCGACUCUGAAAGCCUUCAUGACCCGGAAUACGAUAAUUUUUGCGUAACAAACUUGCACCCCCAAGUAUCUGCACUAAGUGGUCUUCUAAUCGAGGGUAUCUCCACAGCAAUCCUCAUGCUGAUAGCCUGCGCCGUGUGGGACAAGCGCAACGCUCACAAUACUGACUCAGUAGCCAUUAAAUUUGGUCUGAGUGUUUGUGCUCUUGCGACUUCUGUUGGGCCUUACACUGGCUGUAGUAUGAAUCCCGCAAGGUCGUUUGGUCCUGCACUAUGGAACAGCAAUUGGGACAACCAUUGGGUAUACUGGUUUGGACCGAUUGGAGGUGCAUUGCUCGCCUCGUUGGCUUACAAGACUGUUUUUUCGCCCAAGGACGACGAGGACGAGGAGAUGACUAUUCCGGAGAAUGUGGCUCUCAACAGCGUUGACUCACACAAACCGGAGCACAUUUGAUUGUGAUUUGUGAAAAAUAUACUAAAUAAACAACACUCUUCGAUAUUAUUCAAGAGAGGAAAGUAAUAAACAUCACGAAAUGUUUUUAAGAACUGAAGUGAUAAAAAAAUAAAAGACUGUAGAAGAAGAUACUAAUGUGUAUGUGAUUACAUGUGUAAAAAAGAUAAGUUUACGUUCAUGCUGGCUGAAUUUACCUUAAAAGAUACCGAAAAUUUUAAAAACGACCCUAGGAAAGUAUUUUAUUCUUGGUUUAGUAAUUCUAUUAAACAAUUGGAUGAAUAUUUUACGUUAAAAAUUAAUUUAUCAUGAGAUGAAUGUACAUCUUGAAUACGAAGAAUGUGUGAUUUCGCAAAUAAAUACAAUAAGUGUGAUUACUUUUUCAAAAUCUUUAGGGUCUAUUGCCAAACUAUAAAAAGAUUCAUAGAGAAAAAAUGUUUAUAAACUAUCUAAAAAACUAUUUUUUACGAAUCAAAUUAAAUCAUUCAUAUUCAAUGAUAUGGCAUUAAUGCAGAAGAAAUUGUUAACUUUAUAAGUGAAAUGUUACGUGAAGACCAAUAAGAAAAUUAAGAGGUUUUACUAUAUUAACAUGUUAUAUUUUUAAGGUAAAUCAAAAGACUAAAUACACAAAAAAAGUUUAUUCGGUCAAGGCAUUUUUUACAAUCUUUUCAGCUCAUGCUAUUUAUAAAAUGUAAUAUUACUUCUGUAAGUACAGAAUGAUCUUCAUUCCUCAAUAUAUGAGUUGUCAAAUCACGCAAAAUGUUUUGAAUAGUGAAGAAGUUGUUAUUAUUGUAAAGAAAUUGAAUACAGUACCAAAAAAUUAAUUUGUAUUUUUUUAACAACAUUAUUAUUUAUAAAAAUAGCGUGUCAUAAUUAAGAUGGAAAAGACGUUCGCACAGACCUAUCACUGAUCAGGUCUUAUUUAAUGAUGAAACUCAAAAUUAUAGUUGCAAUAGAACAAUAGUACUCGAUAAAUAUGAUGUUGUAUAUGAAUUUUGUUCAAGUAUGUUUUAUAAAAUAUUAGUUAAAAGCUUUUUGUUGAAAAUAUGUAGUAUAAAAUAAUGUAAAGUUGAAGUUUAUUAAUAGAUUGACAACUUUGGAUGUUACAGUAGAAAAACAAUCAAAGCAUUCGUGAAAACACCUACAGGAAUGCAAUAAUCAUAUUUCAAGUGCAUAAUAAUUCUAUUAAUAUUCGCAUUGAAUCUUUUUGCCAAUUACACUUUAAUCUAAAAGAAACUGUCAUCACAAUACUUUUAGAUUGUUAACUCAUUCCUAUUUGAUUUUAUACAUUUUUCUGAUCUAUAGUCUGUCUUCUAACUUCAUCUUAUAAGUAAAAGGCUUUUAAACUUCAAUGCCACUAAUUAAUAUUUUUAAUUAAUUAGUGAAUUGAAUUUAAUGAAUUAUACAAUAUUUCGUUAAAUUAGAAGUCUAAUUAUAAGGUAUAUGUAUUGACACUAUGUAAAUUAUUGCUUAAAAUAUGCCCAAUAGUAUAAUAAUAUGCACUUGUAAAUGUGUACAUAAAACUGUGGGUAAAAGUGAAAUACUAAUAUUUUUAUAAAAUUUCGUGUACAAACAAUUAUGAAUAAAAUAAUAACA